AUGUAUCUACCGCGUUCCCUCAUCUCGAAGCUGUACUUGCAUCUGCAGAGCACAUGUCACCCGCUCUCGCCGCCCGUCCUCAUUCUCGUCGCCCUCGAGCCCGAUGCCCUCUGCGGCUGCAGGAUCCUCACGCGACUCCUGAAGAAUGACUAUAUCCCACACAAGAUCCAGCCUGUCGCCGGCUAUGGAGACCUGGAGCGCAUUGGCAGGGAACAUGUGAGCCCACUCAUGUCACAGAACGGCGGGGCCGGAGGAGUCGUCGUGUGCCUUGGGGUUGGGGGCAUGGUCGACCUGGGUGCUGUGCUUGGCCUCGAGCCGGAGGGCGACGAGACAACAUUCGGUGGUGUUGAGGUCUGGGUCCUCGACUCACGCCGCCCUUGGAACCUGGGCAACGUGUUUGGCGGCUUCCCGCUCGAACCUGACGUUGAAGGCGCGUCUAGUUACCAGACUCGAACGCCGAUCGGCGUAACGGCGGGUCGAAUCGACCGCGCAUAUAAACCUGGCAAGGGAGGGGUGGUGGUUUUUGACGACGGCGACAUUGAGGACGAACUUGGCCCACAGAGAGACGCGUACAUGGCGCUUAUGGAGAUGCCUGACGUGGAUGACAACGGUGAGGAUCUGGGUGACAGUGAUGAGGAAAGCGAGGAAGAGGAGGACGAGGACUCCUUCCAGUCAGCACCACGAGCUGGUCAGAAGCGGAAAUCUUGGUCUGAUCCAGACGAGGAUGAUGACAGCGAUGAAGAAGAUAGACCACGGCAGAGGAGGAGAAGCAAUUCUUCAACUCCCAUACCAGAGUCUCCGCAGCGACCAACACAGCGCGGAUUACUGUCCUUACGCGACCAGGCCAUCAUGUCGGAUGGUCUGGACGAAGAUCCGCCCUCUGCUGCACAGCCCCUAAAAGCGCCCUCGGCUCGCACACUCAGAAGGCGUCUCCUUCGUUUGAGGCGGGAACAUGAGACGGUCUUGCGAGACUACUACCGCAUUGGAGCGUCGUACUCGGAGCCGAUUUCGUCAAUGGUCUAUUCAUUGGCGUCGGAGCUGGGCCGCGAAGACAACGACAUACUUUGGCUGGCAAUUGUCGGCGUCACAUCCAUGGAGCUGUACGGGCGGUCAUCCGCUGGCGUCGCAGUACCCAUGAGGAACUCGGAAUCUAAGACCACGUCGGGAUGGCUGGGCAUGCGCGGCGCCCGAAUACGGCAACUCCUGCGUGACGAAGUCCGCCGACUCAACCCGCCUGCGCUCGAAAGCGCAAGCGGCAGGGUCGCCCCAGAGGCCACAGGGGUCAUACCCACAACGGCACGGAGCCCUGAAGACAUGAGCAUUCGUUUGUCCCCCGAGCCGAGAUUCCUCUUGAUAAGACACUGGAGCCUCUACGACAGCAUGCUACACUCACCCUACAUGUUCUCCCGGCUGAAGACGUACAGCGAAAAUGGGUUGAAACGUCUGCAUAAGCUGCUCGCCAAGAUGGGCGUCAGCCUGAUACAAUGCAAGCAAAGUUACACACACAUGGACAUGAUGCUGAAGCGGGAAUUGCGUUCCAAGCUGCUCAAAUAUGCCUCCAUGUACAAUCUUGACGACAUGGUGCCUACUGUGGAGUCAGACGGUAAGGAUCGUGGUGGCGCGAAAGACGGCUGGGGCUUCGUCCGGAGCUGGGGCUGGCGCGCGACUCUAAGUGCGCAGGACAUCGGUGUGGUCAUCGGAGCUCUUCUGGAGGUUGGCAGGCAUGCCGCUCUGCCCAGCUCCGUCUCUCAGGAUGGACUAUCUCAGCAAAGCGUCGACGACAGCGCCGAUCAAGCCACCGCACAGGGCGAGGAAUGGGUCUCAAGGUUCUGGGACGCGUACGAUGCGCUUGAAGACGUCGAAGCACUCAAGGCAGGUCUUCCGACAGCCCAGUACCUACACAAGGCCAUCUUCAACACGGGCACUGCGGUCUUGAAGAAGAAACAGAUAUCGCACCUGCGGGCUUUCCGUAUGUGCAUUGUCAAGGACAGCGCAGAAGCAUCGAUAUUUAACCACCCUGGGGCGCUCACCAAACUCUCCCUUUGGAUCGGCGAGGCACUCUCGGAGCAGGAGAAAGAUUCUACUGGGAAACUCGCCCACGCCGGACGUGGCACCCCUCUGGUGGUGGCCAGCCUGAACGAGAAGCGAGGCGUCUACAUUGUCGUCGGCACCGGCGGCGGCGGCGGCCCGGACAUGGCGUUCCUAGACAGAGAGGCGGCCAAGAAGAAGGAGCAGCUCAAGCAGGAGAAGGCCAAGGCAAAGGAGCAGAGCAGGCGGAACAAGCAAAAGAUUCGCGAGCAGCAGAGAGCGGCCAGGCGGGCGAAUGGGCACGAUGACGAAGACGACGAUGAUCCAGACGACGAGACCGAGUCGGAGGGCUCUGAUGCGUCGGACUCCGAUUCUGAUGAUGACGACGAGGACGACGAGUCCCGCGGCAAGGGCUUCGGGCUGAACCGAUUCGGUGUUGCGUUCCAGGAUGUCGUCGCCGAGACCAACGCGCGCGUCCGGAUCGACAGCUUUGAGCAUUGUGUCGUGGAGGUGAGGAAGGAGGAUCUUUCUGGGUUCCUGGAGAGUUUGUCCUCGAAGGCGGUGGUUGGCUAG